AUGCGGAAGUUUCAGUUCCGCUCAGUCCAGUUCUUCGAAGCAGAGAACCGACGGAGUAAAGUCACGCUUCUCGUCUCUCUCUAUCUGUAAACCCGGCUUCACAAGGCGAGGUGCAUCAUGAGCAGCAACUACAGUGUCUCCCUGGUUGGUCCUGCCCCCUGGGGCUUCAGACUGCAAGGAGGGAAGGACUUCUGUCUGCCCCUCACCGUUUCACGGCUGACUGAUGGAGGCAAGGCGGCCAAAGCCAAGAUUAGCGUUGGAGACAUCAUUCUGUCUAUUGAUGGCAUUUCCACAGAGAGCAUGAAUCACCUAGAGGCCCAGAACAAGAUUAAGGCCUGCACGGACCACCUCAGCCUCACUCUGCAGAGACCCGCCGCUGUCCCUAACGACGGAGUGCCCAAGGAUGAACCUCAGGAAAUCAUUAAGCCUGUGCCGAUCACUCACCCCGCCCCGAGCACCGCCUACACCAAGCCGCUCAGUCAGCCCACUCCCGCGUACAACAAGACAGCUCGGCCUUUCGGGGGUGACGGCGGUGGGGCUGCUCCCAAAGUAGCCUCCAUUCCCUCUGAGUCGUCUGCUUUCACACCAGCUGCCCCCUCUCAACCACCGCAGCCUCCGUUUCAGCUCAAGUCCAGCCUUCCCGCCCCAGACUCUGCUCCCAAACCCAGCCAUGGCCGCUCCGUCUUCACUUCUGCCUCUUCUUCCUCGUCUAACUCCUCCUCUCCGGCCAGAGUGACAGCCCCUCCCUCCAAUCCUAAUGUCCCACAGCCCUCCGUCUAUAACACACCCAUCAACCUGUACUCCAAUGCCAACGCUUGCGAGGUGGCUAUGGGGCAGAGGCGAGGUCUGCUGGAGAGCCAGGGCCUGUCAGAGCACAUCAAUGGGAAACCCGGUAUGGAGCCUGAGAAUAACGCAUCUCUGCAGAACGACUCCAGCAAGAAGCGUCUGAUUGAGGACACGGAGGACUGGCAUCCGCGAGCGGGCACCGGCCAGUCCCGCUCCUUCCGUAUCCUGGCCCAGCUGACCGGCACUGAGAACGAACAAAUUCCAGAGAACAGUGGAAAGAAUGAGGCACUUGACAAAGCCGCUCCCACUGUGCACACAUCGCCUGCAGCCAAGACAUUUUCCAAAUCUGCAGCAGCGCCCAGGAACGGCAACGUCGCCCCUGCGUCCGCAUUUCAGAGCCCUCCGGCCCCGAGCAAAGCCCUGCCUGGAGGUCUACCAGGUUUUCCUAAGGGUGGUGUAGGUCCCUCCUUUGGCAAAGUUGCCAAUCCUCCUUCCAAAGCUUCAGACCGGCCCACUCCACAGCCACAUCCACAGGAUCUCAACUCCCUGGUGCAGCGAGCCGAGCACAUCCCAGCUGGUACUCGCACCCCCAUGUGCAACAGGUGCAACAAUGUCAUCAGGGGCCCUUUCCUCGUGGCCAUGGGCAUGUCGUGGCACCCCGAGGAAUUCAACUGUGCUCACUGCCACUCCUCUCUGGCAGACCGUGGAUUUGUGGAAGAGAAGGACCAGGUGUACUGCGAGCGCUGCUACGAGCAGUUCUUCGCUCCCAGCUGCGCCCGCUGCCAGCAGAAGAUUCUCGGGGAAGUCAUGAAUGCCCUGAAGCAGACCUGGCAUGUGUCCUGCUUCGUCUGCGCAGCCUGCCAGCAGCCAAUCAGAGGCAACAUGUUUCACAUGGAGGACGGACAGCCGUACUGUGAAAAAGACUACUACAACCUGUUUGGGACCAACUGCCACGGCUGCGACUUCCCCAUCGAGGCCGGGGAUCAGUUCCUGGAGGCUCUAGGGUUCACCUGGCAUGACACCUGUUUUGUGUGUGCGGUCUGCUCCACUAACCUGGAGGGUCAGCCGUUCUUCUCCAAAAAAGACAAGCCUCUGUGCAAGAAGCACGCCCACACUGUCAACAUCUGACCCGCUCCUCUGAGUACAAACAAGAUCAGGCCACAGCGUCUGUUUGCAGCAAUUUCUAUUUCAAUCAGAUGUUAAAUAUUUUCAGAAUUAAAAAUGAGCUGGUUUACCUGUUUGUGUAUUCUGUUAGAAUAUCAAAGAUUCCACUGUAAGCUUUUUGUUUUUGCUUUAGUAUGUUAUAUCACUUUUUUGUUGUUGUUUGUAGAAUAUGCAGGAGUACAUAUAAAUGCACUGUUAGCCCCCUUUUUCCAGUUCAAUAUCUGUGCAAGCGGGUUUUUAAAACACAUGUUUGUGCUGGGUUUUUAGUUCAAGUGUUGAACUCUUGAUGAGCAUUUUUGUUUAAGGCAAAAGAAAAAAAAAAAGAGGGUUAACCACAGUUACCUACUGAGCCCCGUGGGGGUCACAUAUUAUCGACAUUGAAAGCUAUGCCAUGUAUUAGUAAAGCGAAUGCGAGGUUUAGAAAUUAGAGUUAUUUAAGUUUAAGGAGGAAAAAUAUUUAUUUGCAAGCAGGGAUCGCUCAGUCAAUGUGUUCUGACAACAAAAUGGUAAAUUUUAUUAUUAGUAUUAUUAUUUUUUUAUUGUUUUGAAAACUAUGUGGUAUUUAAUCUUUCACACUAAAUGACAGCACCGGUUAGUAAUGUUUAUAAAAGCGUGCAAAUUUAACGUUGCUUUGACGUUAAUGCAUCCAGGAGUGUUUUAAAAAGGGCUCUCCGUAUCGAGAAGACAGAUCAAGUAGCGACGAUUUUUGCUGUUUAUUUUGUAACGUCAGGAUCAAAACGGUUGUGCUUCCAUCCACACGAAAUCGUAUUCAAGGAGCUCCUCGCAAUAAGAUGCAUUCUUUUUAUUUUGUGGUAAAAACAUCUCUGAGGACCUGAACCCUCCACAGUGUUUAGUGCCAUCAGGACUUUGUCGUGUUGCUCUCACUGAUUAUGAUUUUGGUGGAAUCUGCUCAAAUAAUACAAACCAAUUCUAAUAUAUGCUUCCAGAAGUUCUGCUGCAAGUUAUUCUCUGUUUUUGCACAGUUUUUAUGUAUCCAUUUCAAACAAUAAUAAUAAAAAAA